AUGGAAACGAUUGAGGGGCCUUAUCGUGCAUGCGCGGGGAAGACCAGCGCCGCGGAGGAUGUCGCAUACUACAAACGGAACGUACAAAUGGAGGAGAGGCUCCUCAACGAAGUCUGGAAUACUUUAUCGACUACGCAAACGAACUUUUGCCUGCCUGAUAACCGGGUGUACGAAAAAGGCGAUUUGGUCACCGGGUUGAGUUCUUGCUUUCCGACUCGCUCACCAGAGCCACUGUCGUACGACCAGCCUCCGCCUCCCUACGACGAUGUGAUCCGUGACCUUCCUCCAGAAUACUCCGCACUGCCUCCGCUCGCGCAGCGCAGGUCAACGGCUGUUUCCUUUGCGCUGAAGACUCGUGGAAAAUCGCACAAUACGUCAUACUCGUUGCUGAAAGAUCGGAUGCUGGAUGUACGCAUUGAUUUCGAGAGUCCUACCGGUGUUCGGGAACAUAAGAAGAAAAAGCCCGCGGCAGCAAAGAAACCAAUACCGCCUCCUUCUCCUCCUCCACCGCCGCCACCACCGGCAGGCGGGGAUGGUGGAGGAGACGACAAUUCCAACGGCGACGGUGGUGAUAGUGGGAAUGGUGGUGAUUCAGGCGGCGCUGGAGACGGCGACGGGGGAGAUGGCGGUGACGAUUGGGGCGAUUGGAAUGUGAGCGGAAAGAAAGACAAGAAGAAAAAGAAACUGGAGGAGGAAGAGGAAGAGAGAAAAGCCAAAGAAGAGGAAGAGAGAAAAGCCAAAGAAGAGGAAGAGAAAAAAGCGAAAGAGGAGGAAGAGAGACAGGCCAAGGAGGAAGAAGAGAGAAUAGCCAAGGAAGAGGAAGAACGAAAGGCUGCUGAAGCCUCCGCUGCCAAAGAUCUUAGCUGGGCUGAGGAUAACGGGGGUGGGGGCGACGACUCGUGGGCUACCUUCACAAAUGUAGGAAAAAAGAAGAAAGGAAAGGGCGAAGUUGCACCGCCUGGGGCGUUCCAGGAUGUAAGUCUUGAUAACGGCGCACCGCAAUUGGACUUGAACUUCGACAAUCCGCCUCCCAAGACCGGCGGAACUGGGUUUAGUUUCGGAGGAUGGGGCAAAGACUGGAAUACUGGUGGCAAGCUUGAUCUUGGUGACCCUUCCCAAGACGAAUCUAAGAACAACAAUCCCUGGGGAACAACCUCCAAGAAGACCGGCGACUUCGAUUUUGACUUGGGCACCGCGCCCGCCGAGACCAAGCAAGAAGACGACUGGGGAGGUUGGGAUGUGAGCAAAGACAAAAAGAAGGAGACGGAUCCCGUACCAGAGGCUCCUGUGCCUCCACCUCCGCCUGCACCCAGAGCCGAUUUCACGCAGGAAGCCUGGUAUCUAAAUCUUUCCAAGAAAGAGCAGCGUAAAGCGAAGAAGGAGAUGGAGAAGAAAUACAAAGACGAGGAUGAAGCUGCAGCAAAGGCGCAAGCAGAAUAUGAAGCCGCCAAGGCUGAAGCUGAGGCAGCGGCAGCUGCGGCUGCAGCUGCAGCUGUACCCGAACCUGUACCCGAACCUGAACCGGUGGUCGAGGAGACUCAACAGCCACCCGAGGCAGAUAAUGACUUCGGUUGGGAUGUUCCAGUGAAAUCCAAAGAAAAAAAGAAGAAGAAGAUUGACCUUCUAGCUGAUCCAGAGCCUAUCAUCGAUGAGGCACCAGCUAAAUCAAAAGAGCCAGUUGAUGUUUUCGCCGCUUGGGGAAUUUCCUCGAAGGACAAGAAGAAAAGCAAAGGCAAGGCUGAGCCAGCACCUGAGCCAGAACCCAUCCAAGAACCGGAACCUGAACCUGAACCUGAACCUGAACCAGAGCCACUGCCAGAGCCCGAACCUGAGGCUUCAAAGGUGCCUGAUGAACCUCUAUACGAAAAUUGGCGAGACAUAUCGUCUAAAGAACGCAAGAAGCGAGAGAAACAGCUGAUUCGCAAAGGCCUUCCCAUUCCAGGCAAGGACUUCGAGCUCCCCUCCGACAAGCCCCCUGAAGAACCUGAACCGGUUGUUGAACCGGAGCCGGAACCAGUGCCUGAGCCUGAGCCCGAACUUGAACCUGAACCUGAGCCAGAGCCAGAACCGGAACCAGAGAAACCGGCGGAAGACGAAUCCUGGGGAAUUUGGGGCACAGCAAAGGAGAAGAAAAAGAAGAAGGGCAAGGAUAUUGAAGAACCUCCCCCACGUGCGCCAACACCUCCUGCUCAAGGCCUAACUCCAGAGCCAGAAGCUUUCCAUGACCAUGCGGAUGAUAUUUGGGCUGAGCUAGCCCCUAAGACCUCUAAAAGUUCAAAGAAGAUUACGAAAGCCGUCGAACCCCCCAAAGAGGAAAAGUCAUCUAAAGGCUUCUGGUCGACCCUAACAGGGGGUUCUACCAGCAAAACCAAAUCGACGAAGAAGGCAGAUGAGAAGUCCAAGGCGAAAGAGGAGAAGGAACCCGAGCCUAUAGAAGAGGAAGACCUGCUUAUUGAUGUUGGCGACAACGCCCCAGCGCCUGAACCGGAGGCAGAGCCUGAACCAGAACCAGAACCGGAACCGGAACCGGAACCUGUGCCUGAACCCGAACCCAAGCCUCCUGCCCCCGAAAAGACAUCUAAGUCCAAGACAUCCAAGCUUAGUGUGGCCGAACGCAUCAAGGCCCUGGAACAGGCCAAGAAGGAGAAGGCCAAGGCCGAAAAAACUAGCUCGAAGAGCAAAUCUAAGGAAAAGAAGGUCGAACCGGAGCCGGAGCCGGAGCCGGAGCCUGAACCUCCCGUGGAGGAGCCCGCUCCUACCAAGAAGAGUUCAAAAUCCAAGUCUAAGACAGCAGAGGCUGAUGACUUUGAGGAAAGGAAAGUCUCCAAGGACUCUGUUCCUGGGAGCUUCCCUGACUUUGGAGAUGAUCCCGAGCCUGAACCCGAGCCUGAGCCAGAGCCAGAACCAGAACCAGAACCAGAACCAGAACCCGAACCGGAACCUGAGCCACCGGCCCCAGACCUGUCAAAAAUGACGAAAAAGGAACUCAAGAAGUAUAAAAAGGCCGAAGCUGAGAAAGCCGCCGCAGCCGCCGCAGCCGCCGAAGCGGCUGCCGCCAGGGAGCCAACCCCACCACCUCCCGAGGAGACACGUGCACUAGACCCGGAGCCGGAGCCUGAACCAGAACCUGAGCCCGAGGCAGCGCCUGAGCCUGAAGCCGAGCCCGAACCUGUACCAGAGGAGCCAGAAGAGAAGGGCAAAGGUGAUCCUCCCGUCCCUCCACCAGAGCCUGCCGAAGAGCCUCCCAAGCCCUCCAAGAAGGAGCGAGCACGCGCUGAACGGAAUACGAACACCUCUUCAUGGGGAUUUUUCGGAGCCGCACCGCCCCCAAAGAAAUCCAGUAAAAAGGAAAACAAGACUCAGGAGGAAGCAGAACAUCCAAAGAAGUUAAAGAAGGAGAACAAGGUCCAAGAGGAGGUGGAACCUCCAAAGAAGUUGACUAAGAAGGAGCCUAAAAUCUCAGAGGAAGUAGAACCUCCACAGAAAAAGGAGUCUCCUCGAAAAUCUCGACCAAAAGACCCGGAACCAGAAGUGGAAAGGUCUUCUGCGUCUGACCGAGAGAAACGGCGAGAACGAGAGGGGCGAUCCUCCAAGAACCAACGUGGCGUGGCCUUGGCUCACAUGGUCCUGGGUACACCCCAGUCCAAAAGCAAAUCGACUCGCAAACCUGGUUCUUCGUCGAAACCCGUAUCCAGGCGUCCAUCAGUUGAUAUGGAUGACAAAACUGCCGACCCAGCAUCUCCGGAUGAGAAGCCUGAGGUUUCUGGAAAAGCAGCCAAGCUGAUGGGGAUGGAUCCUUCCAAGUCCCGACGCGAGCGCCCGCGCACGGACAGGCGGAAAUCAGUUCGAGAUCCGUAUGCAGUCGAGGAUGACGACCUUGUUAUGGUUGACAUGGAGGAUGUCGAGGGUCAUUCGCCCAAGGAGGGCUCUAAGGGCUCCAGGCGCAAGUCCAAGAGACAGCCACGCCCGAGGCCUGACGACGAGGACGAUGCUGUCCUGGUUGAUCCAUACCAAGCACAUCCCGGCCCAGAUAUCAUGUCAGGGCCCGAAGAUAUGGCCUUUGUCGAUGCGCCUCCAAGAGAACGCCGUCUGAAGCGGUCCAACACCGCGCCGCCGAAGAAACAAGAGAGCGGUGGAUUAAUGGGUCUCCUCGAUUCCCUGAGAAAAAGUACACGCCCCGACCGCCCAGAACGUCCAGAGAUGCCCGAAAGACGGAAGUCGCGGUCAUAUCGUGAUGACGACGCAAGAUAUCCAGAAAUGGACCGCGACGGCGCUCGCAGACCACGCCGCGAGGAUCGACGCCGAGGAUCUGUCCGACCAGACACCGAUGCCGAAGGGUUCGUGACCGACGCCGCUGGCGCAGCAGGCGGCGAGACAGAAGCCGACGAAGCCGAAGCUCGGCGCGCAGCACGCCAUUCACGGCGUGGGUCCCGCAAGGCACCUUCUGACUCCCGUGAAACGGAUGCUCGGGAAGCAGAGGAGCGGCGCGCGAGGCGAAAAGAACGGGCGCGCGAACAACGUGCUCGCGAAGAGGAAGAGGAAGAGCGCCUACGAGAGGAAGACCGUCUACGAGAAAUCAAGCGGGCCCGGCGAGCUGCACGCGAGGAACGUCGUGCUCGAGAAGAGCAAGCGGCCCGUGAAGCCGAAGCCCAAGCAGCGGCUGAAGCUCAAGCAGCGGCUGAAGCUAGGGCUGCAGAACGCCGUGAGCGCCGGCGACUGCGCGAAGAGGAAAUGAUGGCCGCGAGAGCGAGCCGGCGUCGUGAACGCGAGCAAAGGAUUCCUGAGGUCUAUCCCGAUGAACGCGAGGUCGAUCGUCGUGGGGCCCGUAGCUCCCGCGCGCAUGAAGACCCGAACGCUCGUCGUCGCAAGUCUAAGGUCGCUCCUGAGCCAACACGGGAGCCGCUCAUGACUGGUGGGUUGAAUCGUGGCGGAGGUGCGAAAGAUAAGAUUUCCUCGUGGGUUUACUCGCAAAGUGACGAGCCUCCAGAGCCACCAGAGAUAGUCCCCACUCUUAUUGAUGUGCCUCCUCUUGCAGCUGAUGAUGGAGGAAAUGCUCAUUCUCACUCUCUUUCGUCGGAUGAGGAAGCCCGUCGCGCUCUUCGUCGUAAGGCCCGCCGUCGUGCGAAGUACGAGGAGGAGAUUGACGAUGGUCGUUCGCGGCAUCGUGGCUCUCGUCGUGAAGGUGUGAAGAGCAGCUCUGGAAGUGGCGAUUAUGAACGUGAUCGUGGAAUGAGGUCUCACCCGGGGAGUCGACAUGGUGCUCCGCCGAGUUCGGGUGUUAAGAAGCCCAGUUGGUUCCGUAAAUUGACGAACUUGUAA